AAUCCUGGACUUGGAGAGCGAGAGACAAAGAGAGAGAGGGGGAGUGGAAGGAAGGAGAGCUCCUUUCACUAAUCCAGAAGCUGCUUCCCUGGAGUGUGAUCUGAGGCUCCAACAUCCCCUGCUGUGCUCUCAGCCCUGAGGCUGAGCCAAGGUCACCUAGCAGGAUGAGAAUCUCAAUGUGUUGGCAGCUGCUACUGUUCCUCUCUGUAUUCCCAUUUGGAGAGACUUUAGACAAGCUUGCUCCUGUUGGGAACCCUGGAUUCACAGGUCGGCGGGGUUGGCUCCUGGACCACCUGGUUCCCUGGGGACGGAGACCCCGGUGCUCUGAGAAAACACAACAAACAGUACAGACUCAGAGAUUGGCGCUACUCUGUCCCUCAGAUGAGACCUCUGACCCACUGUGGCCAGGUCUGUGCUCCACUCGCAGCCGAUUGAUCCCCGCAUCCCAAGGAGCACUACUGGUGGAGCGGGAGAAAGACCUAUCAGCCUACAAUUGGAACUCCUUCGGCCUGCGUUAUGGAAAGCGACAGACAAGGAUGGGGAAAGCUCGGGCUAAAGCCUGAUGGAGACCCUCAAGAAAGCACAUGUGAAGUUAUGCAAAACAUUUCCAUAAAAGUCAUGUUGUGAAAGAAAACAUAGAUUUCUACUCCAUCUCCCCCCGAAAAAAAUUCAAGAAAAAUAAAGUAAAAAAAAAAAGAUUAUGCUUCAAUCUAUA